AUGAGUGGAUUAACUUGGUAUCAUAUUCUACUACGAGUCUCCAAUAGUUUCAUUAUAAUUAUCAGGGGAAUCCAGGACGUUAGUCUUUUUAGAAAUGCAGUCCUAAAUAGUAACGAUAGGAAGACUCAUACCAUCACAUUUUUAAAUUUAAACUCACUAGACCAUACUGUAAUGUUUGAUUUCUAU